AAAAAACAAACCACGCUGCUGAAUGCUGAGAACAGAAACAGAAGGGGCGAAGGGUGCUGGUGUUGUUCGAGACUUCGAGGAGACGAGACGAGGAAGAACCGGCUGCUUGUGGUCUUGUUCGACUUCUUCAAUCUUCAAAGUUGUAAGACACUCUUGUGAGAAGAUCAUCAUUACCACUUUCUUGCUUUUGCAACUAAUUAGAUAAACUCUAGCUAUCUUAACAACUCAACAAUGGAUUUUGACCCGCAUGCAUCAACCAUAGAAUCAAGUUCCGCUGAUGAUAUUGUUCAUGACGUUCAGAAUUUGGGGAUUAAAGAAGAAGCUAGUACUAACAUCACAUGUUUCUCUGACGUCUUUAACGACAUUCCCAUCCAUUUCCAAAUCAUUUGUUUCCCAAAACAGAUAUAUGCAUGGAUCGGUUGUCAAACUGCUAGAUUUGGAUGCUUGUAUGCUGCUGCAUCCACAAGACCGAAUAACAUAGUCAGCGUAACUUCCUUGCUUGGUGGAACUUCUGAUAAUACGGGGGCUGGUAUUGCUCGUCGAAUAGUUCUGAAGACCGGUGUUCCAGUAACGUUAGCGUGUAAUAUUCCAAAAGAUAGCCCCAUGCUUGAGGCACAUGUUGAAAAGAAGCUGAUACAAAAGCUAAUCAUUCUUGGGUACACAAAGUCAAAAUCUCAAGCAGUUAUUUCAUAGGGAAAAGGUUAGAUACAUUCACCAUCAAGUUCAUAUAUGUAGCCAUUGUUCUAUGCUGUAGUAGGCAACUUCUGAAACAUAUAUAUUUUUUUUUUGAAAUGAUGACGUUUUAGUCGAAUUUACUCACUAUUUGAAGUGUAAUAGUGUCAUGUCGCGCUUGAGUUUGACUUGUUUAAUUUGAGAGAGCUUGAUGUUAUAGACUUA